GACUCGGGAGGGGGUGGCGCAGGAGCGGUCGCUACCCAGUCGGGACCAGGCAGCCGGCUUCGCCGAGCUCCGCGCUCUCCUCCCGCCCCCGGGCUCGCGCUCUUGGAAGGGGCGCGCCCGCGCGGACCCGCGCUCCCGUCGCCGCCCACUCCCCUCCCCGCGGCCGCCCCUCCCUCCACCCGGACAGCCGGCGGUGGCGGCGGCGGCGGUGGCGGCCGGGAGAGGCCCCUCCUUCACGCCCUCCUUCUUUCCCUCGCUCGCAGCGGAGCGGAGCCGGCGGACGCGGCUGGGCCCCCAACCCUCCCCGGGCCAUGGCCGGCAACGUGAAAAAGAGCUCCGGGGCCGGGGGCGGCGGCGGCUCCGGGGGCUCGGGCUCGGGCGGCCUGAUCGGGCUCAUGAAGGACGCCUUCCAGCCGCACCACCACCACCACCACCACCUCAGCCCCCACCCGCCGGGCACCGUGGACAAGAAGAUGGUGGAGAAGUGCUGGAAGCUCAUGGACAAGGUGGUGCGAUUGUGUCAGAACCCAAAGCUGGCGCUAAAGAAUAGCCCACCUUAUAUCUUAGACCUGCUGCCAGACACCUACCAGCACCUCCGCACUGUCUUGUCAAGAUAUGAGGGGAAGAUGGAGACCCUUGGAGAAAAUGAGUAUUUUAGGGUGUUCAUGGAGAAUUUGAUGAAGAAAACUAAGCAGACCAUAAGCCUCUUCAAGGAGGGGAAAGAAAGAAUGUAUGAGGAGAAUUCUCAGCCUAGGCGAAACUUAACCAAACUUUCCCUGAUCUUCAGCCACAUGCUGGCAGAACUAAAAGGAAUCUUUCCGAGUGGACUCUUUCAAGGAGACACAUUUCGGAUUACGAAAGCAGAUGCUGCAGAAUUUUGGAGGAAAGCUUUUGGGGAAAAGACAAUAGUCCCUUGGAAGAGUUUCCGACAGGCCCUUCACGAAGUGCAUCCCAUCAGCUCCGGGCUCGAGGCCAUGGCUCUGAAAUCCACUAUUGAUCUGACCUGCAAUGAUUAUAUUUCAGUUUUUGAAUUUGACAUCUUUACACGACUCUUUCAGCCCUGGUCCUCUUUGCUCAGGAACUGGAACAGUCUUGCCGUAACUCAUCCUGGUUACAUGGCUUUCCUGACAUACGAUGAAGUAAAAGCUCGGCUCCAGAAGUUCAUUCACAAACCAGGCAGUUACAUUUUCCGGCUGAGUUGCACUCGUCUGGGUCAGUGGGCUAUUGGGUAUGUCACUGCUGAUGGGAACAUUCUACAGACGAUCCCUCACAAUAAACCUCUCUUCCAAGCCCUGAUUGACGGCUUCAGGGAAGGCUUCUAUCUGUUUCCAGAUGGACGGAAUCAGAAUCCCGACCUGACAGGCUUAUGUGAACCAACUCCCCAAGACCACAUCAAAGUGACCCAGGAACAAUAUGAAUUAUACUGUGAGAUGGGCUCCACCUUCCAGCUGUGUAAAAUAUGCGCUGAAAACGACAAGGAUGUGAAAAUUGAGCCCUGUGGACAUCUCAUGUGCACGUCCUGUCUCACGUCCUGGCAGGAAUCCGAAGGCCAGGGCUGUCCUUUCUGCCGAUGUGAAAUUAAAGGUACUGAGCCCAUUGUGGUCGAUCCGUUUGACCCUCGAGGAAGUGGCAGCCUACUGAGGCAAGGAGCCGAGGGAGCUCCCUCCCCAAAUUAUGAGGACGAUGAUGAUGAGCGAGCUGAUGAUUCUCUCUUUAUGAUGAAGGAACUGGCUGGUGCGAAGGUGGAACGGCCUCCUUCUCCGUUUUCGAUGGCCCCACAAGCUUCCCUUCCCCCGGUGCCACCUCGACUUGACCUUCUGCAACAGCGGGUGUCUCUUCCUGCAAGUGCUUCUGGUCUUGGAACUGCUUCUAAGGUAGCUUCUGUCUCCCUUCAUAAGGACAAACCAUUACCAAUACCUCCCACACUUCGAGAUCUUCCACCACCACCCCCUCCAGACCGGCCAUAUUCUGUUGGAGCGGAAUCCCGGCCGCAGAGACGUCCCUUGCCUUGUACACCGGGUGACUGUUCGUCCAGAGACAAACUGCCCCCUGUUCCCUGUGGCCGCCUUGGGGAAUCAUGGCUGCCUCGGCCAAUCCCCAAAGUACCAGUGGUUGCCCCCAACUCUAGUGACCCCUGGACAGGUAGAGAAUUAACCAACAGGCACUCACUCCCAUUUUCAUUGCCCUCACAAAUGGAAACCAGAGCGGAUGUGUCCAGGCUUGGAGGCACAUUCAGUGUGGAUACCUCCAUGAAUGUGAAUAACAACCCAUUAGCAGGUUCAGAGUGCGAGCACCCCAAAAUCAAACCUUCUGCAUCGGCCAAUGCCAUUUACUCUCUGGCAGCCCGGCCUCUUCCUGUGCCAAAGCUGCCCCCUGGGGAGCAGUGUGAAAGUGAGGAGGACACGGAGUAUAUGACCCCCUCCUCCAGGCCUCUGGGGCUUCCAAAGCCAGAUGGGAAACGGCCUUUGGAGACCGCCCAGAGUUCACGAGCGUGUGACUGUGACCAGCCGAUUGAUAGCUGUACAUACGAAGCAAUGUAUAAUAUUCAGUCCCAGGCGACGCCAUCAGCCACAGAGAGCAGCUCCUUUGGGGAAGGGAGUCUGGCUGCGGGCCAUGGGGGUGCCGGCCCCGAGGGAUCAGAAAAUGAGGAAGACGGCUAUGACGUCCCUAAGCCGCCGGUGCCGGCUGUGCUGGCCCGCCGGACCCUCUCCGACAUCUCUAACGCCAGCUCCUCUUUUGGCUGGUUGUCUCUGGAAGGCGAGCCCACCACACAUUUCACCGAGGGUUCCCAAGUUCCUGAAAGGCCUCCCAAGCCGUUCCCUCGGCGAAUCAACUCAGAACGGAAAGCAGGCAGCUGUCAGCCGGGUGCCGCCGCCGCCACCGCCGCCGCCUCCUCACCACAGCUCUCCAGUGAGAUCGAGAGCCUCAUGAGCCAGGGCUACUCCUACCAGGACAUUCAGAAGGCCCUGGUCAUUGCCCACAACAACAUCGAAAUGGCCAAGAACAUCCUCCGGGAAUUUGUUUCUAUCUCGUCUCCUGCCCACGUCGCCACCUAGCAGAGCCCUCCCCGCUGCGGCGUCAGGACCAGUGAGCCGGGCGCUGUCCCCCGGGCGGCCCCUCAGAGGGCAGAGGUUCCUCCGGAGACUUCACAGUGAAGUCUGGCCCUCUCUGUGGGAUUCCACAUCUGUGGUUCCAAGAUUUCAAAACAGUGGAAUGAACGUGGAGCAGCUAGUGUGUUUUACUUUGUUUGUUUUGAGAGUGGAUUUGAAGGUGUCCUUCAGUCCCCAAUUAGAGUGUGGAUUUUUAUUAAAUGGUAGCCUACUGGGGGAACAGUCCAGAAAGCGGUGGGAGAAGUAUUGUGCUGUAAAUCCUCAUGGGGGACUUAAGACUUCCCUGGGUUAAGGAGUGCUUGUGCGUGUGUGUGUGUCUGUCUGUCUGUGGUGGCGUGUGUCCUGUGAUUAUAAGAUGAGCCUGCUGUGUGUGUUAAUCCUGGGCAGGGAAUUAGCACAAGAGACGUAGGAAGGAAUGGUCCAGAGACCUCCCUCUACUGUGGUGUGAGACCCCGCCCUGGUGUGUAGUACGGCGCCCUCGAGCUCCCCUGUGGCUUGAAUUACCGUGCGCACAGCUCGAGUCUUGUAUUUUUAGAACACCCUCCCUCUGUCCUUUCCCCUGUCUCUGCCUCCUCCUCCUUGGUGUCUGUCGUUGGCCGCGGGCUUGCUCCGACCAGCCUCACUGAAGCCCAGUGGCUUUCAGGAUGUUCCUGAUUAUGUGUGAUGGUGUUGGUUUGUUUGGUGGAUAGACGGGGCAAGGAAAAGUACUGUUGCUGCAUCAUCACAGUCCUGUGUGAUCCUAGCGGCUAACACUGGUCACUCCAAAGCACUGUUUCCAUAGGAACGUUGAUUCUGUGACAAUGAGAUGUUUUAAUUAUCCUAAUGACGUAAUGACUGAUCUGAGAUAGAGGCCUUCAGAUACAUUCCAUGCCCUCCCCAGAAGACCGUCUGUGGGAGUCCGUUGCCUUCCUGCCAGGUGUGUGUUCUCAUGUAGGUCACGGGCGUUUAUCCUUACUGGGAAGGGAAGAACAUUUGUUUGCAGCCUGGCUUUCUGGCCUGAAGGCCACCAAACUUUGAGGAGCUUCCUUUUCAU